CCCGUCACUUCCUGCCCGGCCCGGUGAAGGCCCAGCCGGGCGGCGGCGACGGCGGCAGCGUCCGAGCCAUGGUCGCGCUGGAGAACCCCGAGGGCGGCCCGGAGGCGGCGGAGGGCACCCCGGGCGGGCGGCGGCUGCUGUCCCUUCCCAGCUGCCUGCCUGCCCUCGCCAGCUCCCAGGUGAAGAGACUGUCAGCUUCCAGGCGGAAGCAGCACUUCAUCAACCAGGCAGUGCGCAACUCAGACCUCGUGCCCAAGGCCAAGGGGCGGAAAAGCCUCCAGCGCCUGGAGAACACCCAGUACCUCCUGACCCUGCUGGAGACAGAUGGGGGCCCGCCUGGCCUGGAGGACGGGGACGUGGCACCCCCUGCAUCACCCGGCAUCUUCGCAGAGGCCUGCAACAAUGCCACCUACGUGGAGGUCUGGAACGACUUCAUGAACCGCUCCGGGGAGGAGCAGGAGCGAGUUCUUCGCUACCUGGAGGAUGACAGCAAGAGCAAGGCGCGGAGGAAGGGCCCUGGCCGGGGGGAGGACCGGAGGAGAGAGGACCCCGCCUAUACACCCCGCGAGUGCUUCCAGCGCAUCAGCCGGCGUCUGCGAGCCGUCCUCAAGCGCAGCCGCAUCCCCAUGGAAACCCUGGAGACCUGGGAGGAGCGGCUGCUCCGGUUCUUCUCCGUGUCCCCCCAGGCCGUGUACACAGCCAUGCUGGAUAACAGCUUCGAGCGGCUCCUGCUGCAUGCCGUCUGCCAGUACAUGGACCUCAUCUCCGCCAGUGCCGACCUGGAGGGGAAGCGGCAGAUGAAGGUCAGUAACCGGCACCUGGACUUCCUGCCGCCCGGACUGCCCCUGUCCGCCUACCUGGAGCAGCGCAGCUGAUGGCGGCCCCUCGGAGCCCCCACUGCCGCCUCGCCCAGCACCAAGCCCUUUGAUACUUUCCGCUACCGAUACCUGUCUCUCACGUUUUUAGAAUUUGUCUUUGGAAACCUUUUUCCCUUGGGGUGAUCUCUCUCACCCUGCUCCCUCCUCACGCAACAGACGCCACCGGUGGCUGGGACUUCCCAUCCCAUCCUAGCUCCAAGCUUCCCACUCUGGGACUUGUAUUUGGGUGGG